CCCCUUCCUGCCUCCUUUCCGCCUCUCUCUACCCUUUUCUCCUCUCAUCCGCACACCACUCGCCCCCACUCCCACCCACCCAAAGGGCAGAGAGUAAAGACACCCGGGAAGACAAGGGCUAGUUCCAUCUGCUCGGAUGGAAGGAGGCCUCGGGCAGGGAUUGCCCUGCGAGUGACAACCUUUCCAGAAGAGAGAAAGAGAGAAAUUCAGAGACUGAGCUCGGGCUCUCGGGAACAGCGAAGCUCGACACUGAAUAGAGAGCACCGAGAUUUUAAAUCAAAGGGACACAGUCCUGGGACACUCGAGCUGCCUGCCUGCCAUCGAAGGCGUCUGGAGCUGCGGUCAUGAGCUCGCUGUCACUGGCAUCGCCGUGCUAGGUGCGCGCCCGACUCUUCCCUUAGUAUGCAGCGACCAUUUCCCUGCAAGUCUCAAAGGUGGAAACAUUUGAAAGGAUUACAAGCGUGAUUUGGUAGCCUUUUGAAAGUUGGUGGCCACGAGAGGAGAAGCUACAAGGGUACAGUGUGAUGGAUACAAUUCAGCCUCCCAGAGAGUUUGCCCCUCCCGCUGGGAAGCCCCUCGGAGCAAACCUCGGAGAUCGUGAGCGCUCUGCACCAUAGUUUUGUAAUCAACCACGAAUGAUGAAACCUUCCAUAGCUGAGAUGCUUCACAGAGGGAGGAUGUUGUGGAUAAUUCUUCUAAGCACAAUUGCUCUAGGAUGGACUACCCCAAUUCCUCUGAUAGAGGACUCGGAGGAAAUAGAUGAGCCCUGUUUUGAUCCAUGCUACUGUGAAGUUAAAGAAAGUCUCUUUCAUAUACAUUGUGACAGUAAAGGAUUUACAAAUAUUAGUCAGAUUACCGAGUUCUGGUCAAGACCUUUUAAACUGUAUCUGCAGAGGAAUUCUAUGAGGAAAUUAUACACCAACAGUUUUCUUCAUUUGAAUAAUGCCGUGUCUAUUAACCUUGGGAACAAUGCAUUGCAGGACAUUCAAACAGGAGCUUUCAAUGGUCUUAAGAUUUUAAAGAGGCUAUAUCUACAUGAGAACAAACUAGAUGUCUUCAGAAAUGACACCUUCCUUGGUUUGGAAAGUUUGGAAUAUCUGCAGGCAGAUUACAAUGUCAUUAAACGUAUUGAGAGUGGGGCAUUUCGAAACCUAAGUAAAUUGAGAGUUCUGAUUUUAAAUGAUAAUCUCAUCCCCAUGCUUCCAACAAAUUUAUUUAAGGCUGUCUCUUUAACUCAUUUGGACCUACGUGGAAACAGGUUAAAGGUUCUUUUUUACCGAGGAAUGCUAGAUCACAUUGGCAGAAGCCUGAUGGAGCUCCAGCUGGAAGAAAAUCCCUGGAACUGUACGUGUGAGAUUGUACAACUGAAGAGUUGGCUGGAACGCAUUCCUUACACUGCCCUCGUGGGAGACAUCACUUGUGAGACUCCUUUCCACUUCCACGGAAAGGACCUGCGAGAAAUCAGGAAGACAGAACUCUGUCCCUUACUAUCUGACUCUGAGGUGGAAGCUAGUUUGGGGAUUCCCCAUUUGCCAUCAAGCAAGGAGAAUGCAUGGCCAACUAAGCCUUCCUCAAUGUUGUCCUCUGUGCAUUUUACUGCUUCUUCUGUUGAAUACAAGUCCUCAAAUAAACAGCCUAAGCCCACCAAACAGCCCCGAACACCAAGGCCACCCUCCACAUCCCAAGCUUUAUAUCCUGGUCCAAACCAACCUCCCAUUGCUCCUUAUCAAACCAGACCACCAAUUCCCAUUAUAUGCCCUACGGGGUGUACCUGUAAUUUGCACAUCAAUGACCUUGGCUUGACUGUCAACUGCAAAGAGAGAGGAUUUAAUAACAUUUCUGAACUUCUUCCAAGGCCACUGAAUGCCAAGAAACUAUAUCUGAGUAGCAAUCUGAUUCAGAAAAUAUAUCGUUCUGAUUUUUGGAAUUUUUCUUCCUUGGAUCUCUUGCAUCUGGGGAACAAUCGUAUUUCCUAUGUCCAGGAUGGGGCCUUCAUCAACCUACCCAACUUAAAGAGCCUUUUCCUUAAUGGCAAUGAUAUAGAGAAGCUGACACCGGGCAUGUUCCGAGGCCUACAAAGUUUGCACUACUUGUAUUUUGAGUUCAAUGUCAUCCGGGAGAUCCAGCCUGCAGCCUUCAGCCUCAUGCCCAACCUGAAGCUGCUAUUCCUCAACAAUAACUUGCUGAGGACCCUGCCAACAGAUGCCUUUGCAGGCACAUCCCUGGCCAGGCUCAACUUGAGGAAGAACUACUUCCUGUACCUUCCUGUGGCUGGUGUCCUGGAACACUUGAAUGCCAUUGUCCAGAUAGACCUCAAUGAGAAUCCUUGGGACUGUACGUGUGACCUGGUCCCCUUCAAACAGUGGAUCGAAACCAUCAGCUCGGUUAGUGUGGUAGGUGACGUGCUUUGCAGAAGCCCUGAGAACCUCACCCACCGUGACAUACGCACUAUUGAGCUGGAAGUUCUUUGUCCAGAGAUGCUUCACACUGUACCAGCUGGAGCAUCCCCGGCCCAGCCUGGAGAUUCUCACCUUGUUGGGGGACCAACAAGCGCAUCACCUUAUGAGUUCUCUCCUCCCGGGGGCCCUGUGCCACUUUCUGUAUUGAUUCUCAGCCUUCUGGUUCUGUUUUUUUCAGCUGUCUUUGUUGCUGCAGGCCUCUUUGCCUAUGUGCUCCGACGGCGUCGGAAGAAGCUGCCCUUUAGAAGCAAGCGACAGGAAGGUGUGGACCUUACUGGCAUUCAGAUGCAGUGCCACCGGCUGUUUGAGGAUGGUGGAGGCGGUGGCAGUGGAAGUGGGGGUGGAGGUCGGCCAGCUCUUUCCUCCCCAGAGAAGGCCCCUCCUGUAGGUCACGUGUAUGAGUACAUCCCCCACCCGGUUACCCAGAUGUGCAACAACCCCAUCUACAAGCCUCGCGAGGAGGAGGAGGCAGCUGUUUCAUCAGUCCAGGAAGCAGGGAGUGCAGAACGUGGGGGUCCUGGGACACAACCACCAGGAAUGGGUGAGGUUCUCCUAGGAAGUGAGCAGUUUGCUGAGACACCCAAGGAGAACCACAGCAACUACCGGACCUUGCUGGAAAAAGAGAAGGAGUGGGCCCUGGCAGUAUCAAGCUCCCAGCUCAACACCAUAGUGACAGUGAAUCACCAUCACCCUCACCCUCACCACCCAGCAGCUGGUGGGGUUUCAGGGGUAGUUGGGGGAACUGGGGGAGACUUGGCAGGGUUCCGCCACCAUGAGAAGAAUGGUGGGGUGGUGCUGUUUCCUCCUGGGGGAGGCUGUGGUGGUGGCAGUACGCUACUAGACCGAGAGCGGCCGCAGCCCGUCCCCUGCACAGUGGGAUUUGUGGACUGUCUCUAUGGCACAGUGCCCAAAUUAAAGGAACUGCACGUCCACCCUCCUGGCAUGCAAUACCCAGACUUACAGCAAGAUGCCAGGCUCAAAGAAACCCUUCUCUUCUCAGCUGGAAAGGGCUUCGCAGACCACCAAACCCAAAAAAGUGAUUACCUCGAGUUAAGGGCCAAACUUCAAACCAAGCCGGAUUACCUCGAAGUCCUGGAGAAGACGACAUAUAGGUUCUAACAGAAGGAAGAAAACAUAUUAGUGCUUUUUUUUCCAAAAAAAAAGGAAAAUAAAACAAAUAUAUCCCUUGCUCUCUUUACACUUGUCCUGGUAACUCCAUCCUCACAAUCUUCCCUGCCCUGAACAGAACUGAAGCCGCAUGAUAACUAGAGAAUACAGAUGUAUGCUCUCCUUUCUCAGAUGUGAUUUGGAGGAAGGGCCAUACUCAGAUCAUUAAUCAAUGAAGUGCCUUCGCAGACUUUUGCCAGCAAAUGUUAUCAUUAUUUUUUUAUACUGAAACUUGAGACUUUGACUGUGCCAUGUAUACGGUAUACUGGGGAUCAUUGUAUUGAUCCUAAUUAAGUAAAAUUCAAUGUGUCUUUUAUUUUCAGUAACUUUUUUUUUAGUUGUAGUUUUGUUUGAAAGGGAGGCGGGGGAAAUGACAUUUGUGGCUUUCUUUCCUCUUCCCACCAUGGCACAGAUUCUGUACAUGUAUUAACAAUGCAGUUUGCUGCAUGCCUGGAAACUGCAAGAUGGGGAGGGAGG